AUGCAUCGCGCAGCAGUGAGGGCCUUACGGACAACUUACCGAUGUACGGCUCGUAGUUUCGCACGCAACAGCCGACGGGGUCUCUUGGACCAUAACCUCUCCUCGUCCUACGCUACCCGCCACGGCCUGCGAUCCUCCUCCUCGUAUCAACACCACCCCGAGCAUGCCGUCCAGCCGCUAAAGUCCUCCAUGUACAUCCGCCGCUUCUCCGUCGCCCUUGUGUCCACCCUCGUCGGCUACGGCGCCUGGUACUCCUACAACGGAACCGGUCUCGAUAAGGCAUCGAGCUUGACGAGGAGCUUCACCACCGCAUCCAAUGCCGGCGGCGAUGCUGCCCCGACCCGUUCUGUUCUCGUCGUAGGCGCUGAUCAGCUGCAUACCGGUACAUUUGUUGGAGAGGGGCCGAUAUCCAAGACGACGAGCGACGACGGCCGUAAGGUUAUCGAGAUGCUGACCCCCGAACAAGCUACCGAGAAGCUGCGCAAGACGGAGCAGUCCUUCCUCGUCAAUAGAGGACAGGGCGUACUGCGCUACGACCUUGUCCAGCUUCCUAGCAACGAUCCCAUCGAAGACGACCAUGCCGAGAAGAUUGUCGAGGUGCCGAACCAGGCCGCGGGUGCUGCCGGCAAGAGCAACGACUGGAUGUUCUGGGGCGUCUUUGACGGCCAUGCUGGCUGGACAACUUCGGCAAAGCUGCGCCAGACUUUGAUUGCCUCCGUUGCCAACGAGCUCAACCAGACCUACCAGUCAUCCGCUGACCUGUCUCCUGCGGCUGAUGCUAUCGAUACCGCCAUCAAGCUUGGUUUCACUCGUCUGGAUGACGAGAUUGUCAACCAGAGCGUCGAGAGGGUUCUCAAAGCCGGCUCCAAGACUAUGGCUGCAGAGCUGCUGGCACCCGCCCUGUCUGGCUCCUGCGCCCUGUUGUCAUUCUACGAUAGCAGAUCCAAGCUUUUGCGAGUUGCCUGCACUGGCGACUCGCGAGCGGUCCUCGGUCGUCGAUCUGCGUCUGGCAAGUGGACAGCUACCGCUCUCUCUGUUGACCAAACAGGAGGCAACCCCGAUGAGGCAGCCCGCCUUCGCAAGCUCCACCCUGGCGAGGACCGAGUCGUUCACAACGGCCGAGUUCUUGGCGGUUUGGAACCGACCCGCGCGUUCGGCGAUGCUAGCUACAAGUGGAGCCGCGAGAUCACCAACCGACUCCGUGAAUCCUUCUUUGCCCGGUCCGCUUCCCCUCUCCUCAAGACGCCCCCGUACGUCACUGCCGAGCCUGUCGUCACAACCACAAAGAUUGAGCCUGAGAAUGGUGACUUUGUAGUUAUGGCUACCGACGGUUUGUGGGAGAUGCUUACCAACGAGGAGGUCGUUGGUCUUGUCGGCAAGUGGAUCGAGACUCAAGCCAGCGGCUCUGGCUCGCAGUUUGAUUCUACCUGGUCCAAGCUCUUCGGAUCCAAGAAGUCUAGCCUCCCCGUCGAGCAGGCGAGCGACAAGAGCGUCGAUGGCCAGAAGACGCCUAUCCGCCUGCAGCAGUGGGGAAUUUCUCCCGACGCCCCCGAACGGUUCGUCGUCAAGGACAAGAACGUGGCUACGCACUUGGUCCGUAACGCCCUUGGUGGCAAGAACGAAGAGCAGGUCUCCGCCCUGCUGACUCUGCCCUCCCCCUUCUCGAGACGCUACAGGGACGAUUUGACGGUGCAAGUCAUUUUCUUUGGAAACGGUGAGAAGACGGGCUCUGUCAAUCUUAACGAGGAGGCAACGGCUCCCUCGAAGCAGCAAGCCGUCAAGGCGAAGCUUUAG